UAUAAAAAAAAACAAGAAACCAGAGCAAACCCAAGAACCAUAAAUCUUCCAUUUCACUGUCCUAAUUCCUUUCUUAUAAAUGCUAUCUAUAAGCCCUACCUCUCUCUUCCUCCCUUCAAAACCCACCUUCAAUAGAACCCGCUCUUUCCGCUGCUCUGCAGCCGGAGACCUCUCAUUCCCGCGGUGGCUUCAAUUCACCUCGGCUGCUGAUGCUUCCAUUGGCGGAGGCAGCAUCAGGAUUGGACAAGAACUAGAUGGAGCCGCUUCCGCAGAUGGCGAGAGGAAGGGGUUUGGGGGAAAUAGUGGUGGCAGCAGCGUAAGAGUGAACGCAAGAGAAAAGAAAUGGUCAAGAAACAGAGAGAGUUAUUUGGCAGAUAAUGAAGAUGCUUUACCUCUCCCAAUGACUUAUCCUGAUUCUAAACCUGUGCCUCCUGAAGAGAUUGAUAAACGGUUAAGUUGUGAUCCUGAAGUUGAGGAUUGCAGAGAGGUGGUUUAUGAGUGGACUGGAAAGUGUCGAAGUUGCCAGGGUUCAGGGUUUGUCAGCUAUUAUAAUAAAAGGGGGAAGGAGGUUACCUGCAAAUGUGUACCAUGCCUUGGAAUUGGAUACGUACAAAAGAUAACAGCUCGGAAGGACAUUGCUGUAAUGGAGGAAUUAGACAAUGGAAAGCCAUCCUGACCUAUGACAAGUUUUUUGUGCCCCGGGAGUAUAUCUAAUUGUAACCAAUAAGUUCCCUGCAACUGUUAACAUUCUUCAUGUAGACUAGUCAUUACAUUUAAAGAGAGAGAAAAAGGAGAAUCUUCAAAAGGAGAAUUUGGAUAAGAAACUCAAGGAAUUCAUUGUAACUUUUGCAAAGAAUUAUUCUUUUCCCAAUUGUAUUCCAUUUUCUAUAA